UUCAAGUGCACACUGUUAACAGCUAUCGUAAGCUGUGAAACAGUAUUUGUAAUGAAAUGACAGAAAGGACAUUCACCCUGAUUUAAAAACCAACACACGUGCAUGUGUAUAUCACAAUUUAUGGUUGACAUUUGCAAAAAAAUAUCAAACGGAUUAUUUUGAUAUGUGCAAGGACAUGCUUAGAACAAGCUUUGUUUUGGACUUAAAAUGACUAAUGCAUCAUUAUUUUAAAUAUCAAAUCCAUGGGAUAGUGCUCAACACGGUUCAUUAAAUCAGUUAUCCCUUUCGUACAAAAAGGCAAACAAUGGAUACAUUAGUGUGCAGGUGUGCAUUUUUAGUUGUGCUGAUACUCAUAACGGAGGUUAGCGGCCGACCUGGAUUUGGCCUUUGCAAGUUUGAAAACAAAACUAGUUACACUGAUGCUUAUUGCAACGGAAAGGGAAAUCUCCAAACACUCAGCAAAGAAAAGUUUCCACUCGGCGUUUAUAGGCUUCAUGUCUCUAACUUUAUUUUCCAAAACCUUUCGAUGGAAACGUUCCCUCCUUCGCUAAACGUGACGAAGUUUUAUGCAAUGAAAAAUGACAUAUGGCAUAUGGAUGAUAACACUUUCUUGUAUUUUUCAUCCCUUAAUGAGGUAUCGAUUUCAGAUUGUACAAUCAAAAAUAUAACACAAAUUUUUCAAGCCGUUAGCAGUGUGAAAGUCAACGUUACCCUUUCGAUCGAAGGGAUGAGACUUACACAUUUGAAUGAUAAGCAGCCAUUGAUGCACGGUGACGCUAAUCUGACUAAACUAACGCUCGGCGGAAACGAUAUUUCGGAAUUGGACACUCGUCUAUUUGCUGGACUCAGUCGCUUACAACAUCUGUCAGUGGUUCGGAACAGUAUCAGCCAUUUCUCUGCUAACAAUUCACAACUUAAAGGCAUAAAAUCAUUAGACUUACAAAACAACAGACUAAAUGCUAGUACAGCCAGAUUUUGUUUAGAAAACGGCAAAAGGUUAUUUCCAAAUCUCUUCAUUUUAAACGUUGGAUAUAACAGUAUUUCAAUUAUAACAAACAUGACAUUCUCAUGUUUACAACGCCUGAACACUCUUGAUCUCACUCAUAAUGAUAUAUCAAAUUUGGAUAUAGCAAGCAUGGCACAUCUAAUUUCACUUCAACGAUUGAUUCUGAAACAAAACUGGAUUCAAACAUUUUCAGGUCUUAUACCAGGAAACUUCCCUCCAAAACUGACGUAUUUGGAUUUAAAGGACAAUCAGAUUUCACCAUCAUUGCCAGCGUUAUGUUCUAACGGCAGUGCAACUAAGAACAAACUUUCAAUUUUGAACCUAAGUUACAAUCGUAUCAGAAGAAUAACUAGUGACAAUACUUCGUGCCUAGUUAAUCUGGAAAAAAUAUUUCUCCGUAAGAAUGCAAUAAAAGAAAUACAGAACAAUGCUUUCACUCACUUUAAAAAACUCCGCGUUUUGAAAAUUGAUAAUCAAUUGUUUGGAGUACAAACUAUUGCUGAUAACGCCUUUAACCUUUCGCAUCUUGUGGAAUUAGAUCUGCAGAAGAAUUUUAUAUUAUUAAAUGGAAGUAAUUUUGAGAACAUUUUCUUUUCAAGCCCGCAUUUAGCAAUACUGCAAUUAUCUAACAACCACGUGACAAAUAUUACUGCUCUUCUGAAUAUGAUCAGGCCUUUAAAAGAACUGUCAAUUCUAAAAUUAGAAAGGGUAGGGCUGUACGAAUUUCCUUUUGAAAUACUACGCCGCUUUCAGACUUUAAAAAAUAUACAUUUGGAUCAGAACAACAUUAAAAUAUCGUCUCUUCCGCCCUCCUCGCAGUUUUCUACUUCAAUAAAAUACCUGUCCAUAACUAAUAAUGAACUACAUUUUCGGCACAAACUAUUACUUCCUCAACUAAUUAUGUCUUCAUUAAAGGCACUGAACAUAGGUCAUAACUUGUUUGACUGUUCUUGUAACGAAAUUUCCAGAUGGUUGAGAAACCAAAUUAAAGAAAUACCUUCGGGCACAUUCUUUCAGAACGUUAGACUCAUCGGCUGGCCAAAUAGUUACAUUUGUCAUUUCCCCGAGGAUAUGGCCGGGACGUUGCUUAGAGAUUAUCGACGAUCUGAGAAAGAUUGCAAAAUACCAAACAAACUCAUACCUGUUUACAUUUAUUUUGGCUCUUCAUGUUUUGUGGUCAUUGUUAUUGCAGCAGUUGCCUUUUGGAAAAGGUGGUACAUAUUGUAUUACUUACAUAAGUUAAAGAAAGGCUGCAUGAGGAGAAUGGCAACCAACCCAGAACUAACUCACCUCUUAAACCACGAUGGGGAAACUUACGACGCAUAUGUUAUUUACAAUGAAAACGAUGUUGGUUUUGUCGUUGGAGAUUUCCGGAAGCUAGUAGAAGAACAACUAAACUUCAAGCUUCAUAUUUGGGACAGGGACGGCAGUAUUGGAAAUGCAAGAUCAGAUUCCUACUUCGAUGCCAUAGAAGCGUCAAGACAUGUGCUUAUAAUCGUUUCUGACAAUAUCUUCAAAGAUGCUUGGUGCGAGUUCCAGAUUAACAUUGCUUUGAUGAGAAACGUAGAGACGGAGGGGCGAAAGAAAAUGUUUCUAGUUAUUUUGAGUAACCUUAAUGUAGAAUCCAUGAAGAAAUCAUGGUGUUCGUUGCUUGCCAAAACGUCUUCAGGAAAAUGGUGCGAAACGGAAAAUGAGAUACGGCAAAAAGUGUUUACACAAGAUAUAAAAGCCACUCUUAGUCAUUGAAAUUUGUAAAUAUAUAUAUACAUAUAUGUUUAAUGUGUUGUAUAUUGACUAUACUUUAACGAUUUCAAUUAUUAGAAUAGUGUGUAUCUAAAGAUAUUAGAGAAAAAAUAUAAAUGUUUACUGGUGCAUCGUCGCUAUACAAGCCAUUAUAUCCUAACUGGCUCCAGUAAUGUGUUAUAGACCCAUUUGACAAAUUCACCCAUUUGCAUAUUUUUAUUACUAGGUUUUAUUUAACGCUGAGUCAUCUAAAAACAUAUACACAUUCAAAUGGGACGUUCAUGUUUUAGCGUACGAUAUUGUUAUCAAGUAUAAUGUUCUCUGUGACUUUCAUAAUCACAAAAAGAAGGAAAUCAAGCACACUGUAGUACAAACGCACACUGUUAAUAUAUACCGUACGCUAUAGAACAACAUUUGUAAUGAGAAGAUAUUAAAUACAUUUCAUCAUGUUUACAAUACAACAUAGGUGUGUAUAUCGCCAUUGAUGGUUGUCAUUUGCAAUUAUAUCCAAGGGAUUAUUUUCAUUUGUGCAAGGACAUGCACAGGACAAUUUUUUGACUCAUAAUUACUUUUGCUCCAUCAUGUUUAUUCUUGAAGCUAUUGAAUAGUACACUAUCUAUUCCCCUCGACCAAUGAUCACUUCUGUAUAAAAGCAGAUUAUGGAUACAUUGGUGUGUUGGUUUGCGAUAAUUUCCAUUGUCCUGAUACUCAUAACGGAGAUUACCGGCAGGCCCGAUUGCAGUCGCUGCGUCCAGUGCCCUGUAUCAAGCCUCUGCAAGUGUGAAAAAUACAGGAAAAGUCGUUACACUAAUGUUUAUUGCGACGGAGAGGGAAAUCACCGAACAAUCCGCCAAAAUAUGUGAAAGGACAUGCAUGGGGCAUACAUAGUAUUGGACUUAAAAUUACCUUUCAAUCAUAAUUUUCAAUCUUGAAGCCAUUAAAAAGUGUUGUACCUAUUUCAAUCCAUCAAUGAUCUCUUCUGUAUAAAAUCAGAUCCUGGAUACAUAAGUGUGUCAAGACCAAAAUGCAAGUGUUCCAUUAGUCGCUUUGAAUAAAAGUGUACAUAGUUUUAUAAGCUACUUGUACAUUACAUUGCUGCUGAUCUUUACCUCUUCUAUGUAACCUGUUGUAAUUAUAUCAGUUGUAUUUCUUUUAGAAUUAACAUUUUGAGUAAUAUAUAUAAAUGUGAAUGUUAUGUAGUUUAAAUUUGUUUUAGACUGCUCUAAAUUUGAUGUUGUUUUGCUUCGGUAGUGUUGUAUAUGUGUAAAUGUCUUAGUUAUAGAAUAUGCUUAGAAGUUAUUAUAAACCCUUUGUCACUGAUCUAGAUCUAUGCUAUGUAUGUAAUUUUUAGCAUGCUCAACAUCCUACAUUUAAUUUAAUUCUAAAUUGCAUAUUUUGUUUCAUUUGUCACAUUUUCCUCUGAUUUGUCUGUAAUACGUUGUGCUUUUCUCUGCUUUCUGUUUUAUUUUUAUUUUUUGAAAACUGCUUUUUUAUCAAUAUAAUUUGCAUUUUUGGAUUUUAGAUAAAAGUAUAUUUCCAAUAAUAGAAUCAGACAUAACCACAUCAGCCAAGCAAUCCUGUAAUCAUAGUUUUAAUAAAAAUAUGUUAGUAAAAAUCGAUGCUUAAAUUUUUCUCAUAUUUUUAUUAUGUUCUAUCCAUUUAGAAUCGAUGUAUUUAUAAUCAUUUAAUAUGGUAUUAUUCUUUGUCUUAACUAUUUCGCUUAUACUAUUUUACUUUUUGAAUGCAUUUAUCUAUUAUAUUCCAUUGUUUUUGCUUUUUUGUCGAAAAGUAGCUCUGCGAGCUAGUGUUGUAAUUUAUGUAUAUCCGACGUAAAAUAAAUGUUCUUGUAUCUUUUAUCUCGUGUGUAGGUCAUUCAAUCAUUCCCAUUGUCCUGAUACAGUGUGUGUAUACUAUGUCAUAAAUAACGUCGUAAAUGCU